AUGGAAUUCCCCCCCUUUGGUCCUGACUCGUCCCCAAUCACGUCCACGGUUUACUCAAAUUACGAUGAGGCGACGACAACCGACUUGACGAGCGUGCAGUUUGACCAAUUGGCGUUGACAGACGCAAUGAGGAGGGGCGACGGUGGGUGCAACUACGAGGAGUUGGAGGAAAAAGCAGGGGAGGAGGCGGUGUCUGUGCCGCGUGGGGGCGCCCACGCCACGCAAGUGCCUGGCUGGAGUCCGAAGUAUAACCCAAAGGAGGAUGCACAGUUGUGCGCUCGCCGGGCGGACGCCACGGAGAAGAGGUGGGAGCUGCCUGCCGCUGCGGAGGCGACGCUUCGGCAGUUUGAUCGCGGACUUGGCGGUGGGUCAACGAGGCCCCAGGGGGACGUUGCAGAGGAGGGGGCGGCGCAGGCGGCGGGCGCUAACGGCAAGGAGGAGCAGGAGGAGGCGGACGAAAAGGGAGCGCAGGAAUUAGAAGAGGACACCCACCCCAGUUGGGGGGCCAUGCAGGAAGCGGAGGACGCAGAGGCGUGCGCAAACGGAGUCGCGUCUGUUCCACCCACAAGCCAAGCUUUGGGGCGUUGUUUGUUUUCCACAUGCCGCGAGCACCGUGACGAAGAUGCCGUCGUGCGCCCUGUCAACGGGGUUCACGCCAUGUUCUUGCAACAUGCGUUGCUGGAGGGAGGGAAAGACGCCACGGCUUGCCUUCUGGAGGAGGAACAUGUCGCUCGGUGCUUCUUGGAAGAGGAGGAGGUGGGCAAGCGUGGUGCACUAUUGAACGCAAUUCAGUGGGAGCUUAACACGCCGUGUCGUAGCAGCGCAGACGCGGUGGGAGCUGACGGGGACACCACCCCGUCGGCCGCCGCGCAGGCUUCUAGCCCUUUACUCGAUGCCACGGCCGACGACAACGAGUUGUUUUUGCGAAACACACGGCUCAGCCGCAUUCUGGACGAUGAGACGGUCACUCCGCUGGAGAAACUCUUGCGUGGCAGCUCCCCAAACGCGCAAUCCCCCCCGAAACGCGGUAGUGCGGUGAUGGGUGGGGGCUACGCCGACAUCUACGAGCCACCGUCCGGCACGGUGGGGACUCUGCCCGCCCAGACACCCUCAGGCGCAUCCAAGGUUGGUCUGCGGGAGAAGUACGUACUACAACCGUCACCUUCGGAGGCUUCGCCCAGUCAUUUGUCACCUUGGCGCUUGCUUGAAACGCAGCGACAUCAGCUGGAGAUGGAGCGGCUCUUGACGCAGCGUGAUCGCGACAACCUGGAGCGGGCGCUAGAUGCGCGUUACCAAUGCAUUCAGCUUCCCCCUGACACCCACGCGCAGUUGCGUUACGAGCCCUCGGACGCCUUUACGCGUGAGCGGCAACUCAUUUUGGGCUCCCUUGGCAUCCCUGGCCCCAAAGCGUCACCACAGGCUGAUGCCGCAAAGCCACCGCAGCAGGAAGGCAAAAAGGGACACCACUACAGCCAGCAGCAGCAACAGCAACAAGAAGAACAGGACAGGCUGCAAACAGAGGCGCAUAAGAGAGGGACGCCCGGCGUCGGGCUGUCGCCCAUCUCGCCCCACACGCUUUUGCCUUCUCCCAGCCCUCCGAAGCUGAUAGAACCGCAACCAGAUCCAAAGGCGGCAACCCUCUUUGCUGAGGCGUGCGAGGCAAAAUACACGGAGGGUUUGGCGGCCAUGAAGGAAAUACUCGGUCUCUACCAAGCGUUUAUAAGGACGCAGCCACAACCAAACCCACCGCUUGCGGGAUUACAGUUUCAGGCUAACAAUUCUGUCGGGGGCGAAGCAACAGCGUCUUCUACUGUAACGUACGAGAGGCGUUUGGCUCGUAUCAAACAUCUCUAUCCGUCCACUGACACCAACGCGAGUGUGAUGCAUCGCUACCGACGUCCCCUCUAUACACCGCCCUUGCCGCCUUCGCUGGAGCCCUACAGUUUUACCGAUGGUGCUAGUCGAAAUUAUGCGAAUGCACCAGUCAAAGGGGCGGGUGUGUCGUUUCGGGCGUCUAUUGGAGUUUCCAGAUACAUGGGAGGGAGGUACGACAGCGGGUUAGCCGAAUAUCAUUUACCCACUUUCGGUAGGCCCGGAAAAAGUGUUGGCAGUGAGUAUGAUGGGAACCGUCGCACGUUGGGUACUCAGUCCUUCGAUGCAGUUUUGCCGCCGCAUCGUCGCAUUGUAACUCCUCCAGUUUUGCCCUUUGCGGAAGAGCAAUUGCCCGCUGGAGAAGUGUCCGUUAACUGGCCGCUUCUUCGCUGGGACGCAGAGCGCAGUGGAAACGUUUUUAUCUCGCAGAAUGGAACCACGUGCAUGGCUGAUGUGUCGAGUGCGCUUCAAUUGAUUGCCGCGGAGGAGGAGCGAAAAGGCGAGACAUUUCCUUCUGCAAAAAAUUCAUGGUUUGCGCUUGGAACAAUAGGUAUUGCGGAGGGGGAGUUUAUUUUUGAGGUCCGGAUUGAUGCACAACCUUCAUCAACGCGUGCGUCGCGAGGCCUUUUUGCGGUUGGGGUAACCACUAAGUAUUACCGCGGUGCACGCGAGAGAAGUCCAGCCUAUUUGUUUCGCUCCGAUGGCACUCUUGUGUCUCACUCUGACGCAGAAACAGGGUUUCCUUACGGCUGCCCUUACCAUUCAGGCUCCCAUGUUACUGUUUAUUUGAGUUUAAUUAAAAAAGAACUUUAUUUUUUUCUCAAUGGACAAGCGUUGGGCGUGGCAUUCAGGUUUAUAGGGGCAGAGGACCCGGAGCCUUUGUUCCCACUCGUCGUAUUGGGAGGGGAAGGUGGUAGUGCAACGUUUGUUCCCCCUUCGGCGCCACAACUGCCUCACCAAAUGAGUCCAUCAGCGCGGCAAAACAUGCGCCUUGUGAAGCCGCAGUAA